UGGGGCGUGGCCUGUGCGGGUAGCGCCGCACCCGCCUUCCGGGUCGGGGCCGUCCGAGCGGAGCCGAACCGGGACGGGCCGGGCCCACCGGGAGCAGCCGAGCCCCAGCGGGCCGAGCACAGCAGAGCGGGCCGAGCCGAACCCGACCGAGCAGAGCCGAACCGGACCGGGCCGGGAGCAGCCGAACCCGCUCGGAGCGAGCCGAGCGGAACCGAGAGCGGCCGAAGGCGCUCGGGAGUAGCCGGGAGCAGCCGAACCCGUUCGGCCCGAGCCGAGCGGAACCGGGAGCAGCCGAACCCGUUCGGCCCGAGCCGAGCGGAGCAGCCGAACCCACUCGGGCCGGUUCCGUCGGGCCAUGGGGCAGAUCGAGUGGGCCAUGUGGGCGAACGAGCAGGCGCUGGCCGCCGGGCUCAUCCUGCUGACGGGCGGCAUCGUGGCCGUGGCGGGGCAGUUCAAGGGCUGGUACUUCGCGGCGUACUCCAUCGCUGCAGGCGUCCUGGUGUGCCUGCUCGAGUAUCCCAGGAGCAAACGGAAAAAGGGCUCCACCAUGGAGAGGUGUGGCCAGAAGUACCUGACAGCCGUGGUGAAGCUGCUGGGGCCCCUCACCAGGAAUUAUUACAUCCGAGCCAUCCUCCACGCUGCCCUGGCUGUCCCUGCUGGAUUCCUCCUCUCCACCAUCCUGGGCACCGUCUGCCUGGGCAUUGCCAGCGGCAUCUACCUGCUGGCCGCGGUGCGAGGGGAGGAGUGGAGACCCAUCGAGCAGAAGCCCCGGGAGAGGCCCCAAGGGGGGGGCACCAUGAAGGCGCCCCCCAGCAACCCCCCGCCCCGGCCGCCCCCCGAUGCCCGCAGGAAGCAGCCGGAGCUGGGGGGGCAGGUGAACCCCAUCCCCGUGGAGGUGGAGUAAUGGGGAUCCCCUGCCCUGCCCUGCUCCUGCUCCCCAGCUGCUCCUGGAUCCGCUGCAGCCAUCCACUGGGCUCCUGGGGUCCCCAAAACCCUGGGGCUGGGAGCCC